AGAUUUUCCUUACUCAGAGCAAAGCUGAAGCUGAAGCCAAAAGCUAGAGCUAUCAAAUCCUCAAUCUCUUCUGAAAAUUUCUCUUUGCUGUGUUUAUUGUAUGGCCGCCAAUUCGAAGAGCACUCGAGAGAUCGCCAACUUGGGGAAGCGCGUCGUCAACCACUUCUUCACGCGCGAUCCAGCUCACUCUGCCGUAACUCGCGCCUCCAGGAGGGCUGCACACAAUUCGGCAUAUGACAAGAACAUUGACGAUCAGGUCCGUCCGGCUAUAGUCCCAGACGAUGUGAUUCAGCCCCUAUCUGAUAAAUACUGGGCACCGCAUCCGCAAACUGGGGUAUUUGGACCUGCAGUCGAGAACCGUCCUGGUGCAGGCGGGGAACGCGAGUACUAUUCCUCGCCUGCAAAUGGUUCUGGCGAGUCUGUGCUGGAAGAGAAAGCCUGGUUCCGCCCCACGAGUCUUGAGGACUUGGAGAAGCCCCUCCACCAUUGAGGACUACUAACUUCUGAGCCUGGGGAGAGGAGCCCUCUGUUAAGAUAAGUAAUAGGUUGUUUGUGUAAUAAUAAGAGAAUUGCAGUAGAAUAAUACUGGUUAAUGUUCAAAAUAUAUGUAAAACUAUAAUAUUUGGAUGAAGUUGGUAAUGUAUCUAGGGAAUGAAUCUAUGUUUGUGGAUUAUGUUUUCAAGAUAUGUAAACUACUUUGUUAUUUUGAUUAUAUUUGGGUUGUUAAUA